CCGGGAAAAGUUACGCCUGAACAUUGUGGCACAUUGUGGAAAAAAAACGAAGAAAAAAAGAUUUACAACAGGCAAGUUUGAAAAGAAGAGAACUCCACUUAGAUAUUUGCCCCACAGGGUAUAAAGGCAUGCAUAUGUUGAGGUAAAUAGUGUGACACUUCGAGGCACCUUGGCAAGCAGUGAGAGAGGACCAAUCAAUCUCAACUCUUCCCCGCUCACCGAACGACUACCCCUGCAACAGGUUAGAAGAUAAUCAAAAUAACAAUAAUUGACGAAGUUAACUGCAACAGUAAUGCCAUCCAACAAGUAUUCUUCAGCCAUCAUGGUUGAGAGUGACAAGAUGACGGCAACAGCUGAGGUGAACGGGGACAUUCCUGCAGCCGAGGGACCAUCAGAGAACGACAGUGGCGCAGAGAUGACCAAUGAGAACAGCCCGCUGACCGCUGCUGAGCCGCCCUCCCCCUUCAGCCCCAAGCAGAACGGAGACGCUGCCUCACCUGCAGGAGAACCCACCGUACUUCACUCAUGUUUGUGCAGAUCAAACUCAGAUGUUAACCAGUUGUCUGGGAGCAGGAAGAGAACCAGGAAGAGGUCCUCUGAGGAGGAAGAUUGCAGCUGGGACUCCUCCUAUAGUGAGCAGAAGGCCAAGGUAGCAGGAGUGGGGGGCUCGGAGUCUGGCUCGGGUCUGAGACAGAGACCCUCUCCCAGGACCAUCUUCCAGGCCGGUCUGCUGGCCCCUCACAACAAACCACGCAGCCGUGAGCAGAGAAGGGGAGGACGCCAGAACAAGCUGGAGCACCACAGCAGUCCUCUGAGCCUGGCCUGCAGUGUUGGCUCCGGGCCCCUGGUGUCCGUGGUCCCUGAGAGCCCCUCCCUGGAGCUCCUUGAGCAGGACUCUAAGGAUUCGGCCCAGAGCACCUCCUCCACCUCCCUGGCCUCCAACACCACAGAGCCUGCCUGCCAGCCAGAGUACAAGGACAACAAGGGUUUUGGCAUUGGGGAGCUGGUGUGGGGGAAGAUCAAGGGGUUCUCCUGGUGGCCAGGCAUCGUGGUCACCUGGCGCGCCACGGGCAAACGACAAGCCACUCAUGGCAUGAGGUGGCUGCAGUGGUUCGGUGAUGGCAAGUUCUCUGAGGUUUCAGCUGACAAGCUGGACUCCAUCACUGCUUUCCCCAAGUUCUUCAACCAAGCCUCCUACGCCAAGCUGGCAUCCUACCGCAGGGCCAUCUUCCAGACACUGGAGAUGGCCAGUCUGCGUGCUGAGAAGCCAUUCCCUCCGUGUGAGUCAGAGGGGCCAGAGGACCAGGUCAAGCCCAUGCUGGACUGGGCCAACGGGGGCUUCCUGCCUAAGGGCCAGGAGGGCCUCAAACCCACAGAGAACCCUGACAGCAACCCGUUAAACCACAAAGUGUUGGACGUCAGUCUGCUAGAGUAUUUCCCCACAGGCAAGAGGCCCCGCAUCAGCCUUUGUAAGGCCAAGAGCAGCCCAGAGGAGGUCUACAGUAGAGAACAAAUGGUGCAUGAAGUUUUGAAGAAUAACAGAAGUAUAGAAGAGUUUUGCCUCUCAUGUGGGAAAACACGAGCGGCAACCUUUCACCCACUUUUUGAAGGAGGCCUUUGCCAAGCAUGCAAGGACGUGUAUCUUGAGAUCUCCUACAUGUAUGAUGACGAUGGCUACCAAUCGUACUGUACCGUGUGCUGCGGGGGGCGCGAGGUGUUACUGUGUGGGAACGCCAACUGCUGCAGGUGUUUCUGUGUAGAAUGCCUGGACAUUCUGGUGGGCGCGGGGGCGUCGAACAGUGCCCGUAACCUGGACCCAUGGCGCUGCUACAUGUGCCAGCCCCUGCAGCCCUACGGUGUGCUCAAACAACGCCACAAUUGGAGCAUGAAGCUGCAGGAGUUCUUUAUCAACGACAACGGCCAGGAGUUUGAAAGCCCAAAUAUCUACCGGGCUGUCCCUGCAGAACAGAGGCACCCCAUCCGCGUACUCUCAUUGUUUGAUGGCAUCGCCACUGGCUACUUAGUCCUACGAGACCUAGGAUUCAAAGUGGACCAUUAUAUUGCAUCAGAGGUGUGUGAGGAUUCCAUAUCGGUGGGGGUCGUCCGACAUGAAGGAAGAAUCCAGUACGUGCACGACGUGCGCAACAUCACCAGAAAAAAUAUAGAAGAGUGGGGCCCAUUUGACCUGGUGAUAGGAGGAAGCCCCUGUAACGACCUAUCUAUCGUCAACCCCGCCAGGAAGGGACUGUACGAGGGCACAGGGAGGUUGUUUUUUGAGUUCUACCGCCUGCUGAGUGAGGCCAAGCCCAAGGAGGGCGAGGACCGCCCAUUCUUCUGGAUGUUCGAGAAUGUGGUCGCCAUGGGCGUCAAUGACAAGAGGGACAUCUCUCGUUUCCUCGAGUGCAAUCCAGUGAUGAUCGAUGCCAUUGAGGUGUCUGCGGCUCACAGGGCUAGGUACUUCUGGGGCAACCUACCAGGGAUGAACAGGCCUCGGUGUGCAUCUGGGAUGGACAAGCUAGAGCUACAGGACUGUCUGGAACAUGGCCGUGUGGCUAAGUUUGGAAAGGUGCGCACCAUCACCACGCGCGCCAACUCCAUCAAGCAGGGCAAAGACCAGCACUUUCCCGUCAUGAUGAAUGGCAAAGAGGACAUUCUGUGGUGCACCGAGCUGGAGAGGAUCUUUGGCUUCCCGGUCCACUACACAGAUGUGUCCAACAUGGGCCGCGGUGCCAGGCAGAAGCUUCUGGGCAGGUCCUGGAGCGUACCUGUCAUCAGACACCUGUUUGCCCCUCUGAAGGACUACUUUGCAUGUGAAUAGCGCCCUCCCUAACCAACCUCUCUGUAGUUCUAACUUGACAUUGGCACUUCAAUCAGAAGUGCCAAUGUCAAGUUAGACAAUCUUGUUAUCCCCUGGUAGGCAAAAGCCAAAGUGUUAUUUUAGGGUUUUAAGGUUUUAUACACUGCUUUUACUUCUUAACAAAUUACUUCCCCUCAUGUUGUCUUUGAGUGGAUUUGUUGUAAUCACAAAGUCAGACAUAUUUUUAUGCCACACUGAUUUUCUAAAACUAGAGAAAGUUUUAUAUAACAAUUUAUAUAGAUCUCUUUAUCAAUGAGUAGACAUUUUUGUUUCAUUUUCAUGAUGUCAACAUUGGGAAAUGUACGUGUUCUUCUCCCAAAUGCCAAUGUGAAGUAAUACUUGAAACCAUUCAAUACAAAAAUGCUGAGAGACAAUAAAGAACGCUCCAUUCUCAGCCAUGCCAAAAUACAUUUAUAAAAUGUACUGUAAAAUCAAUACAAAGACGUAAAGACAUCUCAAUAUUGGACAUUUUGACAUUUGUCAUGUGCUACUGUUCUAAAGUAUCCAUAUUCUUGAACUGGAAGUUAGUUUUUGCUUUCACCAUAUAUAAGUGAGAGUUACCUCAUCAUCCAGGGCAUCUGAAAACCCAUCUUGGCUAUCUGUACAAAAAGUCACUGGAAUGUUUUAUAGAAAUGGUAUACUUCAUUUUUAUACUGUAUAUAUGAAAAUGUUUACAAGAUUUAAAAAAUAUUUGAUUGGACUUUGGGAGUUUCAUUGUCCCAAUGUCAUCUUAAAUUUCUAUUUUUAAAUCUGUAAAUUUCAGUGGUUGAUAAACCCCAGUAUGGUGCAUAGAUAUCCUCACCAUUGUUAAAAUGCUCUGGACUUCAGAUUGAAGUACAAUAUAAACUUAUUUUGUCUACUCAUUUUGUCUACAUUUGUAGCCCUUUUUUGUUUUGGUAAAUGAAUGUGGAGAGUUUGCUGUGCAGUUUUAAAAUACUGGACUUUUUUUUUGCUGAUUUUACAUAGCAUAUGUUCACAGUGGAGACCUGCCAGUUAUUUGUUUUUUACUGAGUACUACUCAGUACUACUCACUCGUUCAUGGUGCCUUUUAGCAGUCUUUAGCAGAGCUUACUUUAGUAAAACACUGACUAUAUGUCAUAAACAGCACUUGCUUUACUUCAAAGGUUAUUUUUACUAAGAUACCAAAAUACAUAAGAUGUUUACAUGCUUUAUUAAUAGCACUGUAUCCUUUUCCUUUUGAUAAAUGUCAUAAUUAUGAUUUUGAAUAUUCAAAAUGUUUUUUCUAUUCUUUUUAUGGCUUUUUAUGACUACACCUUCAACAUUUUUUGUUUUAUAUACUCAGAUAUUCUGCUUACUUGCAACAAAAGCUGAAGUAGUAGCACAAUAUAUACAGAGCCUUCAGAAAGUAUUCAUACUCCUUGAUUUAUUCCACAUAUUGUUGUGUUACAGCCUGAAUUCUAAACGGAUUAAAUAGAUUUUUUUCCUUACCCAUCUACACAUAAUACCCCAUAAAGACAAAGGGAAAACAUGUUUUUAGACAUUUUUGCUCAUUUAAUGAAAAUGCAAUAUACCAUUUACAUAACUAUUCACACCCCUGAGUCAAUACUUUGUAGAAGCACCUUUGAUUACAGCUGUGAGUAUUUCUGGGUAAGUCUCUAAGAGCUUUCCACAUCUAGAUUGUGCAACAUUUGCUCAUUAUUUUUACAAUUCUUCAAGCUCUGUCAAAUUGGUCGUUGAUCAUUGCAAGACAACCAUUUUCAGGGUCUUGUCAUAUUUUUCCAAGUAAAUUUAAGUCAAAACUGUAACUCGGCCAUUUGGUCUUGUGUUUUAGGUUAUUGUCCUGCUCGUAGGUGGAUAGCAGACUGAACCAGAUUUUGCCUGUGCUGAGCUCCAUUCCGUUUAUUUUUUAUCCUGAAAAACUCCCCAGUCCUUAACGAUUACAAGCAUACCCAUAAGAUGAUGCAGUCACCACUAUGCUUGGAAAUAUGGAGAGUGGUACUCAGUAAUGUGUUGUAUUGGAUUUGUAUUCGGGACAAAAAUGUAUUGCUUUGCCCACAUUUUUUGCAGUGUUACUUUAGUGCCUUGUUGCAAACUGGAUGCAUGUUUUGGAAUAUUUUUAUUCUGUACAGGCUUCCUUCGUUUCAUGCUGUCAAUUAGGUUCGUAUUAUGGAGUAACUACGAUGUUGUUGAUCCAUCCUCGGUUUUCCUUCCUCUGAGUUAGGAAGAAUGCCUGUAUGUUUGUAGUGGCUGGGUGAAUUGAUACACCAUCCAAAGUGUAAUUAAUAACUUCACCCUGCUCAAAGGGAUAUUCAAUGUUCCUUUUGUAAACACAUGUUUAUUCCUGAACUUAUUUUGGCUUGCCUUAGCAAAGGGGUUCAAUACUUAAUGACUCAAGAGAUUUCAGCUUUUCAAUUUUAAUUCAUUUGUAAAAACAUAAUACCGCAUUGACAUUAUGGGGUAUUGUGUGUAGGCCAGUGACAAGAAGUGUAAAAAGUUGAGGGGUGUGAAUACUUACUGAAGGCACUGUAUAAGGCUUGCUUGAGAUGUAUUAUUUUAUCAAGCAUUUUAGAACAUUAUUAAUCAAUAGGCUUUUUUGUAUGUUAGAUUUGCAACAUCUUUUUAUAUAUAUAUAUGAUUUAUAUUUGGUGAAAAAUACUUUCUCCAAUAAUACUGUACUUCCAUUGUGCAUUCAAAUGUUUUUAAACUAAACGUGUUGUUUGAACAGGGAGUUAUUCAAAAAGAUCUGUCUCCUAUUUUUGUACUUGUGUACUGUUUGGAAAUGCAGCAAGAAAGUAUUUAUUUUUACUCAUAUAUGUUACUUCUUUCUAUUCAAUAAAAACGGCUUUAAUUAUGUUCUUUA